CCCCCCUCUCGCAGACGGGGGGCCACGACAUUGACGUAGAGAUCAGGUGACCGUAACUUCUCCGACGGGACUCUUAUAAGGGAAGUUUGACAAGUUUGACUCAUUCUCCCUCCCGGUCCCGAACUUGGAUUUGAACUUCGGCAGAGAGUGAUUUUCACCAGUGGCGGAGACAGUCCCUCUGGGCCCUCUUCCUUCUCUCCCUAACUUCCCAGCUAACGCUCCCUGAGAAUGGGUGACUGGAGCGCUCUGGGUCGUCUGCUGGACAAGGUCCAGGCCUACUCUACUGCCGGGGGGAAGGUCUGGCUGUCGGUUCUCUUCAUCUUCAGGAUCCUGGUUCUGGGUACUGCAGUGGAAUCAGCCUGGGGAGACGAGCAGUCUGCCUUCAGAUGCAACACCCUGCAGCCUGGUUGUGACAACGUGUGCUACGACAAAUCCUUCCCCAUCUCCCACGUGCGCCUCUGGGUCCUCCAGAUCAUAUUUGUGUCAACGCCCACGCUUCUCUACCUGGCUCAUGUCUUCUAUCUGAACAGGAAGGAGCAGAAACUCAACCGGAAGGAGGAGGAGCUGAAAGCCGUGCAAAACGACGGAGGCGAUGUCGACAUCCCGCUGAAGAAGAUCGAGAUGAAAAAGCUUAAGUAUGGCAUCGAGGAGCACGGCAAAGUGAAGAUGAAGGGGGCUCUGCUCAGAACCUAUAUAGUCAGUAUCUUCUUCAAGUCUAUGUUUGAGGUGGGCUUCCUGCUUAUCCAGUGGUACAUGUAUGGUUUCAGCCUCUCUGCAGUCUACACCUGCGAGAGGUCCCCAUGCCCACAGAAGGUUGAGUGCUUCCUGUCCCGUCCCACAGAGAAGACCGUCUUCAUCAUCUUCAUGCUGGUGGUCUCGCUGGUGUCCCUGCUGCUCAACAUCAUCGAGCUCUUCUACGUCUUUUUUAAGAGGAUCAAGGAUCGUGUGAAGGGCAAACAGCAGCCCACUCUCUACCCCAGUGGAGGCACCUUGAGCCCCACCCCUAAAGACCUGUCCACCACCAAGUACGCCUACUAUAACGGCUGCUCCUCCCCGACUGCCCCGCUCUCACCCAUGUCCCCCCCAGGCUACAAGCUGGCCACAGGGGAGCGGGGAACCGGCUCGUGCCGCAAUUAUAAUAAGCAGGCCAACGAGCAGAACUGGGCCAACUACUCCACGGAGCAGAACCAGCUCGGCCAGAACGGUGGAGGAAGCACUAUUUCAAACUCCCAUGCACAAGCCUUUGACUUCCCCGAUGACACCCACGAGCAUAAGAAACUGUCCUCAUCAGCAGGACACGAGCUGCAGCCGCUGGCGUUGAUGGACGCCAGGCCCUGUAGCCGGGCCAGCAGCCGGAUGAGCAGCCGGGCCAGGCCAGACGACCUGGAUGUGUAAGCCCUGCUCCUUCCUCCUCCCACCUCUGCCUGGCUGACGGGAUGUGUGGCUGCGGCCAGAGAAUCAGGAAACACUCCAUCACAUAGGUUCAUAUAAGAGGCGGGACUAACCUCAAUCACUGUCUUCAGCAUAGAGACGCUUAGUCUAUCAAAGAGACAUUAAAACUCAUUAUGUAACACUGUCAAAGGUACAAGUUGCAAAUACUUUUUCAGUGACUUCUACCAUAACUUUUUAGUGGAGCUAACCCGGCUGUCAGAGACCAGAACAGCCACAGGAAUGUCUUAACAGAGGCGCUCCUUAGAACCAGUCACUGAUCAGCUCAAGAACCCAGGACCACACCGGUCAAAGAUGACUGAAUUGGUUUUAAUUUGCCGAGGUUGCGCAUCUUCCCGUUUUGAUCGUUUCUGCUCUUCUGCAUUUCAUGUACCACUGCCGUGGCUUAGAUCUGAAGGUAUGGUGACGGCUUUACGACAGGGUGCCUUCUUAGUUGGCCCUUUUAACACCUGGCCAGGGACACCAGACAGAAAUGAGCCUUCGAGGCUAGCUCUGGUUCAUUCAACAUUUCUUCCUCCUGUUCGUCAAUGAGCAUCGCCCCUGUCAAAUAAACUAAUUCAUAAAGCAAGAGCCCACUAGGGCGAGACACAAAUCCCCCUGCCCACACGCCCCACGUCCCCAAUUCAGCCAUAUGCUGUAAACACGUUGUAAUUUGUAGUUUGGGACGUGCACUCUGAUUACAGGCAUUAGUUAAAACUGGGACCGCGGACAGUUUGGCGUAACGGACCCAGACUGUCCAUACUGGCAGUUUUUCAGUGCUUCCCGAAAUGGACUCGUGUGAAAGCUUUUUUCCGGUCAGGUAACUAAAACUAUCUGGUUCAGGUUGGGGGAGGAUCUCCUCAGCGGUUAACGAGCCAAUGCUGAGUCUCGGCGAGAGACAGCAUGGCAAAAUGUCCAGUGUUGAAUUGGCUCUUUGUCCCUAAGAGGUUUUCCUGCAGAAUGAUGUCGCACUACUUCCACCUCAGCUCCUGAGACAGGGCAGUCGCUGCGGGUACGAUCGCAGCAGGCCUCUCGUGGGGAACGUGCGAACGUAGUUGAGGUAGUUGUUUGAACAAAUGACCGAUGCUGUUGUUUGUCAGGUGAGGACAGUCCCUCGCUCUAAUAUAAACCUGUGUGAUCAGCCGCGGCGUCACUCAAUCACAUUCCAUCGCUACCGACACUGUUGGAUGGACUCGGCCACCGUGCAGUCGGUUGCUCUUACAGUUUGCUUGUGUAAUAAAGCUGAGCUUUUACGUAUACGUCAACAUAAUUAAUACUUUUUUUUUUUGUCGCUGUUGUAACUCGCAGCCUAACUAUUUUAACCCAGUUCUCGAUUACAUUCGCAUUUUAGUCUCUCAGUCACAACAAAGUCAGCGGUUAUUUUUCUGGGCAGAGUGUCUCCCGCUCGGCUCAUCCUUUGCAUGUGACUCACAGUGAGGGUUUUGAGGAGAAUGCUUAUCAGUUGUAGUGAAUAUUUAUUGCUUGGCAACUGUAGGACACCUACCACUAAGAGGAAAAAUUGACUACUAUCCAGUAUCUCAUACUGACAGAAAACAUCGUACAUCAACUCCCCACCAACUGUAUAUUUAUUGACAGUAAAAACAAUUAGCAUUCUUUUUCUCUAGUAAGUUUGUCAGUCAGCGUGGACUGUUGUUUCCUGAUAAACUUUGAAUAUGUGUGGUCUUAUGUUUUCAUUCAGUGGUCUUAUUUGUCUUUUUUUUCCGGGUGUGUGUGAGAGCGGCAGGGCUGAGGGCACGGGCAGCUGUAGCGCAGCAAACUCUGAUCCGCUUGUACGUGGGAUCCAUAAAGAAAGGCUUCAUUACUGUCAUCCGUUCCGUGUUCUCUUCUUUUCAUCUUUUGUGGGCGGUCGAGAGAGGCAGUAGAAUGAUUACCUGUGUUUUACAUAUUUGAGUGAAUGAUUUCUUCGUUCUGUAGUUAAUGUUUUGAUUUCGGACUCAGAUGUAACCGUUGCUGCUUGAGAAAUAGAUAUUUAGUACUGUAAAUCAAGCUAACUGUGUCACAAUAAAAAUGUGAGUUUUUAGAAGACUGCUUAUAGAUCUGGACUAAUAUUUAGUCAGUUAUAUUAAAAUGUAUGCCGAUGUAGCUCCACAACUACCCAACACUAGGAUAAAUCUCAAUUUGGGCUUCUUUUCUUUUUAUUGUCAUUUUUGAAAUUGUCAAUUGUGCACCACUUUGUCGGUACUUACAUGUGUCAUGGAUCUUUCAGCUACAAUGGAGCUUGCACUGAGAUCUUGGUGAAAGAGAUGUAAUAUGAUGCACACAGUAAGUGGCAAGACUUUUCUGAUACACGUUACUAAUUUAUUGCAUAACACAGAAAUCACUACAGUGCAUAAUAUCGGACAUCUGACCACUGGUUUCAUUGACUGGUUCUGCGAGAGGUGUCGUCCGUUGGCAGAACAGGAGCGAUAGUCAUUUGUUGCAGUUAUUCAGACAAUGCUCAUCAAUGGGGAUCCACUGUUGUACAGUGUAAGUGCACGAUAGCGAAACAAAAACCCGUCAAUUGUAUCUGUGAAAAGCUAUUUUAACCAAUAAAU